AGGCAGUUUUUUUGUAUGUUAUACAUUUGCAGGCUAAGAACUCAUGCUUGCACAGAGCCCUACAUAAUUGCAACCAAUAGGCAACUUAGCGGACUGCAUCCAAUUUACAGACUGUUACACCCUCAUUUUCGAUACACAAUGGAGAUCAAUGCUUUGGCUCGUGGAUUCCUUAUCAGUGCAAAUGGGAUCAUUGAGAACUCAUUCUCCCCUGGAAAUAUUUCCAUUCAACUAAGUUCUGUAGUUUAUAACCAAGAAUGGCGGUUCGAUCAUCAAGCAUUGCCAGGGGACCUAAUUAGCAGAGGAAUGGCUGUGGAGGAUCCAAGUGCACCACAUGGCUUGAAGCUAGCAAUUGAAGAUUAUCCUUUUGCCAAUGAUGGAUUGAUCCUUUGGGAUAUCCUCAAACAGUGGGUUGUAGAUUAUGUGAAUCACUACUAUCGUGAUGCCAAAGCUAUACAAUCUGAUGAUGAGUUGCAAGCAUGGUGGACGGAAAUCCGAACAAUAGGUCAUGGAGAUAAGAAAGAUGCGCCCUGGUGGCCUGUGCUGAAAACCCCUGAUGAUCUAGUUGGAAUCAUAACUACAAUCAUAUGGGUUACCUCAGGACACCAUGCUGCUGUAAACUUUGGCCAAUAUGAUUUUGCUGGAUAUUUUCCAAAUAGGCCAACUACUGCUAGAGUCACUAUGCCUUGCGAAGAGCCAAGCGAUGAAAGGUGGGAAAGGUUCUUAGUGCGACCUGAGGUUGAGCUGAUGGCUUGCUUCCCAUCGCAGGUUCAAGCAACAACUGUUAUGGCAAUCCUCGACGUUUUGUCUAAUCAUUCCCCUGAUGAGGAGUAUCUAGGAGGACAGAUAGAGCCAUUUUGGGCAGAGGAUCCCAUCAUAAAAGGUAAAUAUGAAGAAUUUGCCGGGCGACUAAAGCAGCUCGAAGGAAUUAUUGAUGAAAGAAAUGCUGAUGAGAAACUGAAGAACAGAUUUGGAGCUGGACUGGUGCCAUAUACACUCUUGAAGCCAUAUUCAGAAUCAGGAGUAACUGGACAAGGGGUCCCAAAUAGUAUCUCCAUUUGAGUUCAUGAUAUCUAUCUUGAAAUCAAAAGCUCUGGAAAUAAAAAAAAAAAUAAAAAGAGAGAUUGUGUGAGAUAGAAUGGAAUGGAAUGUAAUAAGACAGGUAAGGCCCAGUCGAUCUGAGUUCCAAAUGUUUCUCAAAUUGGGAACAUGUAACGAAUGCUCAAGCCAAGUAUUCUCUGUCUAAUGGUGGUAAAAGCAUAUGUAAAGAGUCUCCUUAUCAUAAUUUCUUGUUCUAUGUAAAGAAAACAGGCAGGCUCCUUGCAAAUC